AUGGAUUAUAAUGGAUCUGGAUCUGGAGGACUUGGAGGACGCGAGGGACUGGAGGAGGAGGACUGGCGGACUGAAGGAAGGAGAGGAAUAGGAGCAGCGAAGACGGACCCGAAGACCACGGAGACGGAAGGAGCGGAUCAACAAGGCGCAGCAGGCUCUGGCGAAGACCAGGUCGGACGACGCCGAGCAGCCGUCGAGCGUGGCGGCGUUGGAAGCGGCGGCGGAGGCGGAGGGAGCGGUGGUGGAGGCGACCGAGGUGUUGGCGGCGGCGGCGGUUGCGGCGGAGGUGGAGGAGGUGGAGGCGGAGGCGGCGGAGGGAGCGGUGGUGGAGGCGGCGGAGGCGGAGGGAGCGGUGGUGGAGGCGGCCGAGGUGUUGGCGGAGGUGGUGGAGGCGGAGAGGGCAAUUCGAGGCGGUGGGAGAGGAGAGGUCGAAACGGAGACGGCUGCUGGUGGAAGCGUGAGUCGCGUGAGCAGCGAGGAAAGAGGCUGCUGGAGCCGUGUCGCGUGCGGCACCGUUACAGUUACAAUUAA